GGAGUCUUAACACUGCCCCGCCCGGCACCGGGCCUCGGCCGCCGCCAGUCGCCGCGGGAGCUGCUGCCACCCGUACGUGCCUGCGCCCGUGUCCUCGUCCUCGCCCGGCUGCGCCAUGGAGGGCUACCACAAGCCUGAUCAGCAGAAGCUGCAGGCCCUGAAGGACACGGCCAACCGCCUGCGCAUCAGCUCCAUCCAGGCCACCACGGCUGCGGGCUCGGGCCACCCCACGUCAUGCUGCAGCGCCGCGGAGAUCAUGGCUGUCCUCUUUUUCCACACCAUGCGCUAUAAGUCUCAGGACCCCCGGAACCCUCACAACGACCGCUUCGUGCUCUCCAAGGGCCACGCGGCUCCCAUCCUGUACGCGGUCUGGGCCGAAGCUGGCUUCCUCCCAGAGGCAGAGCUGCUGAACCUGAGGAAGAUCAGCUCCGACUUGGACGGGCACCCUGUCCCGAAACAAGCUUUCACAGACGUGGCCACUGGCUCCCUGGGCCAGGGACUUGGAGCUGCCUGUGGGAUGGCCUACACGGGCAAAUACUUCGACAAAGCCAGCUACCGCGUCUACUGCAUGCUGGGCGACGGGGAGCUGUCCGAGGGCUCCGUGUGGGAGGCCAUGGCCUUCGCCAGCAUCUAUAAGCUGGACAACCUCGUCGCCAUCCUUGACAUCAACCGCCUGGGCCAGAGCGACCCGGCCCCGCUGCAGCAUCAGCUGGACGUCUACCAGAAGCGCUGCGAGGCCUUUGGCUGGCACGCCAUCAUCGUGGACGGCCACAGUGUGGAGGAGCUGUGCAAGGCCUUCGGCCAGGCCAAGCACCAGCCGACAGCCAUCAUUGCCAAGACCUUCAAGGGCCGAGGGAUUACAGGGGUGGAAGAUAAGGAGUCCUGGCAUGGGAAGCCUCUCCCCAAAAACAUGGCUGAACAGACCAUCCAGGAAAUCUACAGCCAGAUCCAGAGCAAAAAGAAGAUCCUGGCAACACCCCCUCUGGAGGAUGCCCCCUCAGUGGACAUCACCAACAUCCGCAUGCCCACCCCGCCAAGCUAUAAAGUGGGGGACAAGAUAGCCACCCGCAAGGCCUACGGGCAGGCCCUGGCCAAGCUGGGCCAUGGGAGUGACCGCAUUAUUGCCCUGGACGGGGACACCAAGAAUUCCACUUUCUCGGAGAUCUUCAAAAAGGAGCACCCAGACCGCUUCAUCGAGUGCUACAUCGCCGAGCAGAACAUGGUGAGCGUUGCUGUGGGCUGUGCCGCGCGCAACAGGACAGUGCCUUUCUGCAGCACUUUCGCAGCCUUCUUCACACGGGCCUCCGACCAGAUCCGCAUGGCGGCCAUCUCCGAGAGCAACAUCAACCUCUGCGGCUCCCACUGCGGCGUGUCCAUCGGGGAAGAUGGGCCCUCGCAGAUGGCCCUGGAAGAUCUGGCCAUGUUUCGGUCAGUCCCCAUGUCAACUGUCUUCUACCCAAGUGAUGGGGUUGCGACGGAGAAGGCAGUGGAACUGGCAGCCAACACGAAGGGCAUCUGCUUCAUCCGGACCAGCCGCCCGGAAAACGCCAUCAUCUAUAACAGCAAUGAGGAUUUCCAGGUCGGACAAGCCAAGGUGGUCCUGAAGAGCAAGGAUGACCAGGUGACCGUGAUUGGGGCUGGGGUGACCCUGCACGAAGCUUUGGCUGCUGCCGAGCUGCUGAAGAAAGAGAAGAUCAACAUCCGUGUGCUGGACCCCUUCACCAUCAAGCCCCUGGACAGGAAACUCAUUCUUGACAGUGCCCGUGCCACCAAGGGCAGGAUCCUCACCGUGGAGGACCACUAUUACGAAGGUGGCAUAGGGGAGGCAGUGUCCACUGCCGUCGUGGGCGAGCCUGGCAUCACUGUCACCCGCCUGGCUGUCAGCCAGGUACCAAGAAGCGGCAAGCCAGCUGAGCUGCUAAAGAUGUUUGGUAUUGAUAAGGACGCCAUUGCACAAGCUGUGAGGGGCCUCGUCACCAAGGCCUAGGGAGGGUGUGAUGCGUGGGGAGGGGUUCUACACAUUCCUAAGAGAUUCUGGUAAUGGUGCUCAAAGAUGUAUUGAGAGGAGUGGUAAAUAUAUGUUUUGAGAAAAAUGAA